AAGACAAGCUGAGUAUAGUUUGACACGAACAGCAAGUUGUUAAAAAUCAUUCGAAGAUAGAACAUCAACUACAAAUUUUAAUAUGAAACUUUUAUUUGCAUUACUCGUCGUUGUCGUCAGCCUUUUCGUCUUGGCUAGUGCUGGAAGACCUGCGGCAUGCUCUCAACCACACGCCUUUAAUGGUGAAAACCCAUGCCGAGGCUUUAUGCCAUCAUGGUCAUACGAUAAAUCUGCAAACAACUGUGUGAAAUUCAUUUUUGGAGGUUGCAAUGGAAAUGACAACAUUUUCGAUACAAAGGAAGACUGUGAAGCUCUCUGUAAGAAAUAAACUCAUUUUAUAACUUAGUUAAAAAUAAAGAAACAAUUAAACU